GAGGAUUGGUCUAUUCUAGAGCAGUCAAUUCAAUAUUUCAGAACAUACCUACAUCGUUUGUUCUCCAUUCAAGCAUCUAUCUUUUGCACAACAACACGUAAAGUGCCAACAUGAAUACGAAUGCAGGCCCAAGCGGGCAAGGUUUAUCCGCAGCGCAGAUCCAGCAACUAUAUGCCGCUCGCAACGCCAGCGGAGGCGGGCCGUUCAACCCACAAAUGUUUCAGCAAUUCGCACAACACCAGCAGCAGGGUGGCGCAAAUCCGGGACAGGGCAACAUCAAUCCGGCCACGCUGAUGAGGCUGCAGCAGAUGCAGCAGAUGCAGAGGCAGAGCGGGGGCAUGGGCGGUGUGACGCCUGCGCAGCUGCUGCAGAACAUGAAUAGCAGCGGGAUGGGCAUGAACGGCAUGGGCGGCGGAAACGCGGGCAUGGGUGGGAUGAACCCGGCGGCAUUCAUGAACUCUAUGGGCGGCGGCGUGAACCCGGCGGCGAUGAUGAACAUGAUGGGCGGUGGCUCGGGCGGCGGCGGAGGCACGAUGAACCCGGCUGCGUUGAUGGGCGGGAUGGGCAACAUGAGCGGGAUGGGCAGCAUCAACCCUGCUGCUCUUAUGGGAGGCGCGUCCUCACCGACGAACUCGAAUGCGAGCGGGAACAUGGGCAUGGGCAUGGGCGGUACGAGUGCAAGCCCAACCGUGCCUCAAGCGCAGCUCUCCAGCGCGGGGCAGAGCAUCUCCGCGAACGGCGCAGGCGCGCCGGACAUGCACAGCGGGCAGGGCCCCUCUGUCAACCUGACCCCGAUGCAGAUCGUGCAGCUGACGCAGAUGCAGCCCGCGGACCGCGAUCGCGCGAUACAGCAGUAUAAGAUGGCGCAGAUGCAGAGGAUGAUGCGCGAGCAGCAGCAGAUGCAUGCUCAGGGCGGGAUGAACGCGAAUAUGGGCCCGGGCGCGAUGCAUGGCGUGAGCCCAGCGCAGCUGCAGCAAAUGCAGCACGAGCGCUUCCAGCAGCUCUCGCAGGGCCAGUAUGAACAGCAACGGCCGUCGUCGGCGGCGUCGACGGGAUCGCAAAGGCUCUCGCAGGGACAGAUCCAGCCACAGGGACCGCAGCCGAACCAGCAGAUGCCGCAUCACCCGUUCCAGAACCAGAGCGCGCAGAGCAUCGGUGCGGGGAUGGGGAUGGGGAUGGGACAGGGCGCGCCGUCCGCGAUGAUGCCCCCGCCGUUGUCGAUCCCUCCGCGCCCCGCCACGGCCACGUCGCACCGCUCGCAGGCGUCCGGGUCGUAUCCGAACCUCGCAGCGCCGACGCCCCGUCCGAAUACGGGAGGUGCGCCGGGCGCGUCGCCGAGCCCGCGCGGAUCUAGUGGACCGCUCCCGAAUGUGAGCGUGUCGGCGCCGGUGCCGAUCCAGCCGCGGCCUAUGGGGAGCCCUGCGCCGAUGGUAAGGCCGGGUACGAGUCUUUCGAUGCAUGGAGGGAUGGGAGGGGGAGGGGGACAGGAUGGGAUGGGGCGCAAAACGCCGAGCAGGCCCCCGACUGCAGCGGGUUUUGCUCAACAGCACCAACAGCAGCAGCAGCAACAACACUUGCAACAGCAACAACAGCAGCAACAGCAACAGCAGCAGGCGCAGAAUGGUGCGUUCGCUCAGCAGGGGCAGAGUAUAAAGCCUGGCGGUGGAUACCCGCCCAUCGCGCCUGCGCCGACGCAGCCGGACUCACCUGUGCGCGGCUCCAAGCGCGGCGUGGACGGGACGCCUGUGCCUAGGCAGCAGUCGCAACAACCCCAGCCACAGACGCCCAUACAACCUCAGACGUCGAUGCAGUCUCAUAUCCCGAUACAGCCUCAGCCGCAACAACAGCAACAGCAGCAACAGCAGCAUCAGGUACCUGUGCCGCCGCGGACGCCCCGCUUGUCGAUGCCGCAGAUCUCGAGCAUAGCGCCGGGCGCGAAUGGCGUGGGAAGCGCGACUGGACUGAGCGGGAUGGGCAUCACGGGGAAUAUGGGUCCAACGAACCAUGCGCAGAAUCAGAUGCUUGGAGGGAUUGGGAUUGGUAUGGGUUUGAUCGGCGGUGCGGGUGGGGGGAUGAUGGGCCCGCCGGUCAUCCCGCGCGUAGGGAGUCAGCAGCAGCAGCAGCAGCAGCAUGCAAGCGAGAUGAUGGGGGUGAAUAUGGGCAUAGGCAUGGGUGUUGGCAUGGGCUUCCCGACGCCGAACAUCUCGCGGCAGAUGUCGGGCGGGGGCAUCGGUCUCAAUCCCAAUUUCCCCAGCGCGCUGACGUCCAGCUCCGCGGUGUCCUCGCCAGUGCAAGCGCACGGCCACACUGAUCCGCGUGCCAUGGCGAAUGGGAUCGGGCUAGGGAUGGGUUUGGGAGGUAUGGACAUGCCGAUCCCACAGACGCCGAUUCAGCAGCAGGCGCGCCAGCCAUCGCAGCCGCCGGUAUCAUCUCCCUUUCAGAAUCUCUCGUCGCCGAGCAGUGCUGCUGGUUUGACGAGUCUGAUGGGUCAUGGUGCGGGCCUUAUGGGACAGGGAUCGCAGCUUGCGGGUAUGGAUCGUAAGAUGGGCUCGACGGACGGGAUCAGUCUCUCUGGUGCAUCCAUGUCUCUUCAAGGCUCGACGACGGCGUCCGACGCUGCUGCUUCUACCUUAAAGGCUGUUCCGGGCGUCAACGGCGUUUCCGCCCCUGCCGCUCAACCCGCUGUGCCCGCAGUGCCUGCAGCGCCGACGAUCAUCCCACAGCUACCGCCGCUCCCACCGAACGUGCAGCUUAACCCGAAAGUGACGCGGAUUUCUGUGGUUCCGCUCGCGGAGUCGACGACGCGGAUCCCGCCGCUCACGGAGGAUGAGGUCGCGGAUAUCAAGGUGUGGAUGAAGGUCGACAAGGAGUAUGACGCUCGGUAUAAGCAGAUGCGUGAGCGGAUGAGUGGCGAGAUGCGUGAUACGGUCGCUAAGCCGAGGGCGUGGUGGGAGCGGGAAUCGGCGCUGGAGGAUGGGCGGGUUGUGAAUAGGCGGAGGCCAGAGAAGUGGUCGCUGACGGGCCUGAAGCAGGGCAAGGAGAGAAGGAAGGCGGGUAAGCGGGAGGGUUUGAAGCUCCCUAGGAGAUUACCAGCAGAAGAUGCGAAUCGACCAGAACAGCUGGUGCCUAUACGCUUGGAAAUCGACGUUGAACAUCAUAAACUGCGUGAUACCUUCAUCUGGAACCUCAAUGAUCCCAUCGUCACGCCUGAGAUUUUCGCACAAUCUAUUGUGGACGAUUAUGCUUUGGCGCCCUCGUAUCAUAGCGUCAUCACGAAACAUAUUCAGGAUCAGCUCAGUGAUUUCAAAGCACACUCCACGUUCUUCGGCGAAGACGGCUUCAACAUCUCUUCCGAGCCUGACGAGAUCCAGUGUGGGUCCAUGGAUGAGAAUGAAGCCCAGUGGUGGGAGACUUGGAGACAACAGGUGCUGUCGGGCUCUGUGUACAAACACAGCCACUUGCGAAUGGACGGUCGUGGUGGGAAACGGCGGAAGAUGGUCAAGCAGGAGACUGUUGAGCAACCGACUGUCCCGAAAGCCCCCGAUUCUGGGUCGCCGCUGACCGCGAACGAUAUUGAGGAGGACGAGAACUCAUUCCAAGAGGAUAUGCGUAUCCUCGUAAAGCUUGACAUCAUCGUGGGGUCGGUGAAGUUGGAAGACCAAUUCGAGUGGAAUUUGGAUAAUAGCGAUCCGACCCCGGAACGCUUUGCUGAAAUCUAUGCCAGGGACUUGGGACUCGGAGGAGAGUUCAAAACUGCUAUCGCACACUCUAUCAGAGAGCAGGUGCAAAUCUAUCAGAAGUCCCUCUUCCUGGUCGGCCACCCAUCCGAUGGGUCCGCAGUGCAGGAUGAUGAUCUCCGCAUGUCAUUACUGCCGUCGUUGACCACCGGUGCUCGCGCCAUGGACCAGGUCUCAGCGUUCACGCCAAUACUGAGCUAUCUCAGCGACAGCGAGAUCGAGCGGAACGAGAAGGAGCGUGAGAAGGAGCUUAACAGACGGAGGCGCAAGACGACACGCGGUAGAAGAGGCAUCGCCCUUCCAGACAGAGAACCUCCCAAAACUUUCCGCACACCUGCUAUUGGGUUCCCAGAGAUCGAUGCGGCUACACUCGCCUCCAUCAAUGCCGCCGUCGCUCCCACAUCAAGACGGGCCGCGGCUGCGGCAGCCUCUCUUACAAUUGCCAACAUGGUCGCCUCAGAGAAUGGCACUGCUGCGCUGCCACCAAGCCAGCCUGCACCUCUUACGCCGAUAACUCCCAUUGCGCCUAAGGAGAAGAAGGCAAAAGGCCUGUUCAAGGCACCGUCAUAUCCAGCGUCCGUUCUUCCUCCCCGGGCACAGCUCAGAAGUCUUACUCCAUCUACGGCUGCUGACGUCUCGUCACUUCCUCCUCCAAUCGAGAACGACAUUCCUAUCUCUAGCAGCAGUGCUGCUCCUGACAGUAAGGGUGCGAGGGUUGUUUUGACACAGAAGAAACAAAAGGAGCGCGAGCGAGAAGCCAAAGAGAAGGAAUAUGCUGAUGGCCAGCACCCGAAUAUGAUAAAUGGGGUUUGGCAUUGCUCGAACUGUGGUUGCCCAGAAAGCAUAGCUGUGGGCCGUAGGAAGGGUCCACUCGGAGACAAGUCGCAGUGCGGCACAUGUGGCAAAUUCUGGCAUCGACAUCGUCGGCCUCGUCCAGUCGAGUACAACUCGGAUGCUGAGUAUCAUCUCAACCUCGUGAGGGAAGCUGAACAAGCGAGGGUGGCUGCUAAGCGCAGGCGUCCUCCAGCUUCGGCAGUCGAUGAACGGGCGAAACGGGGGCAGGACGACGGCGAAGUGGAGCCAGCGACACCUGUUCGUCCCAACAGCGAGACUUGGGUGGACGUGCCCCCUGCUCCGCAGAUCGUCGCCACAACGAGCGACUCGAAUCAAGCUGCUUCGCCCGUCUCGACGGCGUCUAGUGCAUCUGAGUCGCCUCUCGCGCAGCGGAUUGCUAGAACGAACGGCGCUGGGCAUUCACGCUCGGCUCCUCCUGACUCAGAGCCGCAACAAGCUGCACUCCCUGCGGCGCCUCCUACAGCAUCUCCACAACCGGCUCGUCCUUCUGCCCCUCCGAAUUCAUCACAGCCGAUCUCUGUGCCACAAUGGCUGAAGGAUGCCAUGGACGAGAUGCAGGCGAGAUACCCUGAUGAUAGAUUUGAGGUAACACAGCGAAAAGGCAAUCCCUCCGAGUUCCGCCUCAAGUGUCUGGACUGUCCCGGAAAGCUCUACACACCUGGACCAGGCGAGACACUGCAGAACUAUGAAGUGCACUUGCGGAACAGGCUACAUCGACAGAAGGUCAAUGCUCGUCUGGCGGGUCUCCCUCCGCCGGCUGCUACUACAAAUUGAUGGCUUGGAUGGACCACUUAUCUACACGCUUUACUGCUAUCUGAAUUAUGUUGUCGUUGUCGUGCCGAAUUUUGUAUAGAAUACUCAUUGAAACAUUAUUGCCGAUCAGUGUCAUUUCCGAGCCGAUCAGAUUGGCC